AUGGCGGCGGCCGAGCUGCGCGUGGAGCCCGCGGACUUCCUGGCGCCCGGGGUGCGGCGCGAGGCGGUGCGCGCGGGCCGGGUGCGGGGCGCGCUCUUCCUGCCCGCAGGACCUGGGCCCUUUCCUGGUAUCAUGGACCUCUUUGGAGUCGGCGGAGGCCUCCUGGAAUAUCGAGCUAGUCUGCUGGCUGGGAAGGGCUUUGCUGUGAUGGCUCUGGCUUACUAUAACUAUGACGACCUCCCGAAGAACCCAGAUGUCAUCCACCUGGAGUACUUUGAAGAAGCGGUGAACUACCUGCUCAAUCACCCACAGGUAAAGGGCCCUGGAAUCGGGCUGCUUGGGUUUUCCAAAGGGGGUGAAAUAGGCCUUGCCGUGGCCUCUUUUCUGAAGGGUAUCUCGGCUGCCGUCAUCAUCAACGGCUCCGUAGCUGCUGUCAGGACAGCCAUCCAAUAUAAGGAUGAAGUUGUGCCUCCUGUGACCGUCUUGAGAGAUCGGGUCAAGAUGACCAAAGAUGGCGUCAUGGACGUGGUGGAUGCCCUGCAGAGCCCUUUGGAAGACAAGAAGAGCUUCAUUCCUGUGGAAAGGUCUGACAUCACCUUCCUGUUCCUAGUAGGCGAGGAUGACCACAACUGGAAGAGCGAGUUCUACGCUAAUGAGGCCUCUAAGCGCUUACAGGCCCAUGGGAAGAAGAAGCCCCAGAUCAUCUGUUACCCUGACGCAGGGCACUAUAUCGAGGUCCCAUACUUCCCCUUGUGCCAGGCUGCUCUGCACAACUUGGUGGGUUCUCCUAUCAUCUUUGGAGGGGAGCCCCGGGCUCAUGCCAUGGCCCAGGUGGAUGCGUGGAAGCAGGUGCAGGCUUUCUUCCAUAAGCACUUGGGUGGUGAGGAGGAGGCCAUCCCAGCAAAACUGUAAUUUUUAUUUGAUCAUGUGACAUCCCUGAUUCUAAUCUCUCCUGGGAAUAUCUGCUAAAGUUAGUGUGUAUAUUUUGUUUUCAAUUAAAGCACUAUAUCAUUUUUGUACCAUAGAUACUAAUAAACUGGAUACCUUAUCAGCUUUUGAGCAGAGAGGCUCUGUAGAAAACAAGGGCAAAACAACCCUUCUAGUGUUGCAAAGCAUGUGGCCAAGGUUUCAGCUCCUAAAGGAAAAGUGAGUAAUACUGUUUCAUAGUCCCUGCUCCAUAAUUGGAGUGUGUCUUCGUUACUUCACCAGUUGCUGAGACAAAAUACCCAAGAGCCAAAGUGAGGGGAGGAAAGAUUUAUUGUAGGUCUCGUUAGUAGAGGUUUCAUUUUAAGGCUGGCUGGCUCUAAGGCAGGAUGGCCUGGUGAAGGGGCACUGCAGAGAGUAAGAGGUGCAUGACAGGCAAAGCCAGGAUGGCAGCAAAAGUAGCAGCAAGUGACAGGCCACAACAGCAGCUCCCCUCUGUCACUUAUAUUUUGGGGGUGCAGCAGGCACUUAAAGGUAGCAUCACAUCGUUUUUUGUUUUGGUACAAGGGAUGAAACUCACAACCCCGCGCUUGCCGGGCAGGCACUGUGUCCCUGAACUAUGUCCCCAACUUAGCAUCACAUUGUGAGUCAGUCCCAGCCUCACAUCCUUAAGCCUAGCCUCACACAGCUCAGGUCCAGCCUCCUAGGAAAAGCCCACCAGUGACUGUCCUCAGCUUUGGGUCAUUGAGAUCCAAGCCAUGACAGGGUACACUAAAUAUUACUAAAUGACCAACAAGUGGCAACCUAGUAUUUGAAAAGAACAUAUAGUGGCCUUUUUAUCUGCAUUCUGUGUAUUUAAAGAAAUACAGAUCAAAAAUGUUGGCACACAUUGCAUUUGACUCUUUCCAUGACAGUUUCUCCUGAACAUGGAGAGCAAGUAUAUACAUAGCAUUUGCGUUGAGCUCAAUAUUAUAGUACGUCUUCAGUAAGUGACAUCUUCCUUUUUUCUGAAAGAAUGUUCACCCAGUGAUCCAGCUCCUGACAGCAGGGUAGACUCCGCAUUGGCCAGACGCCUCCCCGGGAGUGUGAUAUUUGUACUGUAGAAGUCACAGAGGAUUCCUUUCAGGUGGAGAGUUGGGAAUAUGUCUGUCAAAUGCUAAGUGUACACAGUGCUCCAAGGGCGAGUGACUGUGAUGUGUUCUCUAUCUUACUUCCUGGUUCUAAGAAUCAAUUUUGGAAAGUUGUGUGACACCCUAGCAGAGCAUUCUUCGCUUCCCUUGGCGUCAGUGCUGAGCACUGCUGCGUAAAUGUACUUAAAGCCUACGAAUUCUGCAAAAUU